UCCUUAAGCAAGUGAUAAGUUUCUAAACCGAAGAGCGCACAUAAAUACGAAUACGCCUAAGUAUAUCACUUAAUAACCUCAGCCCGAAACUCAAACGACAAGCGCGACUAAUCAUCCAAAAUACAGGAUCAGGAUAACGCAGCAACUGAUAUCAACAGAUCAGGCAAGAAGAAUUAAAAGAUAUACCUAAUCGACUGCUCUCACAUUAAGGAUGCAAAUAUGGUUCACCCGUUGCCCAAAGACAAUCUUUUCCUCCUGGCCACUGUUGUGGUGUUAUGCGUAAGCAUCAUGUGUCCCCUGGCGGUAGGAAAGCCACUGACUUCGAAUACCGAUGCUGAGCUCAAGAGCCAUUGCAGCAGUAAUCUGGCCGAUGCCAUAAAUAUAAUUUGCGGAGGUCGCACACGCUCCCUGACGGAUAAUUAUCCCCAGAGUUUCGGCCGGCGGGUCAAGCGAGACGAAAUUUUCUAUAAACCACAACAAUACGGUCCAACCCAUAAAUGCUGUCAACGUCCCUGCGGCAUUACGGAGCUCAGACAGUACUGUGCACCCGAUUAGGGAAACAAAUGGCGAGGAGGAAGACGCGUUUCCUACGCAUCACUCAUCAAUCACCAUCACCCCAUAAACAAAACAAUUAAACAAUAUCGAAAUACGAACCAAUCAUUAUAGAUACAUAUAAGUGUAUACAUCCACUAAGUAUAUUAUACUAAUUUAAACUAUGGUCUAAUGCAGUUUUUGAAAAA